AUGCACUAUCACUCCACGUUCAAAAAAAUCUUGGCGGUCAAGAAGGCAAUCGAGAAAUUUGAGUUUCACUUGAUAGGACAUAAAUUUCGAAUCGAAAUGGAUAUGUCUUCUUUUCCCAAGAUGUUACAAUUCAAGCAAAAGAUGAUCCCACACCAGCAGUUGUUACGAUGGAGUGAAUGGUUCUCAAAGUACGACUUCGAGUCCUUCUAUUUAAAGGGCAAAAAGAAUACUCUUGCAGACAUGCUCAGCAGAAACCCGCCCAAAGAAAUCAAUCUGAUGACGACAUCCUCGACACCAAAAGAAGAUUUCUAUGACUUCGACGGCAAUAUGCCCAAGGACGCUCAUCAGCUCAUCGAAACAAAAACCCUGCAUGAGCGCCUUCAUCAUAAAAUCUUCCAAUACCAAUCCACUAUCCUAUGCAGAUACGGAAUCAACUGUCGCUUCAUAGCACCAAUGGGCAUUCACCCGGACUAUCCAUUUGCUCAUCUCUUCAGAAUUGAAAACACAAACAUGCCAGAAGAAGUCUUAUGCUUCCUUUGGUAUCUUUGCUCAGUCUACACCAUCGGCAUCACAUUCGACAUUGUAUAG